UAUGCAUCGCAUACAGACCGAGAGAGUUGGCUCCCAAUCCAAAUAAUUGGUACCAAAACUAUCUCUUUUGAAAUAAAUAACCUUCGUCCCGUCACUGACUUCCCACGUUCAAGCAUUCAAAACAAGAUACUCUCUUUUUGAGUGUUCUUGUACGAACCGCCACCGAUCAAGAAUUCAAGCAGUCCGUUUUUGAAAUCUGAGGCGCGCACCCGCGAAAUCCGCUUCUCUGCUAAGGCUCCGACGCCGUCGCCUGAAACCCUACUGAUUUAUAGAUUCAGAUAUAGAUAUACAUAUCUAUUUGGCCCUUCCUUAUAUAUGUAUGUGAUUCUUCUCUGGAGAGGGUAAAGAUCCUUAAAUUGAAUGGGCACCAAAGAGAAUUGCAGAAACGAGCUCCGUGCUGCCAUCUGCCAGCUCAGCGACCGAUGCCUCUACUCCGCCAGUAAAUGGGCAGCAGAGCAACUAGUUGGGAUCGAGCAAGACCCGACAAAGUACCCCACUUCACACACACGGUUCCAGCGCGGCAGUUCCAGCAUUCUUCGCCGCUUCCGCACAGCCGCUGGAGAAGGCGUAUUUUCUAGCACCCCUUCUGCUGGCGUGUCCUAUGUGGCCACCCCGUCUGUGCUCGAUGAUGAAUAUGAGGCGGUUGACAGUGACUUUUACCUGCUUGCCAAGUCUUAUUUUGAUUGCAGGGAGUACCGGCGGGCUUCACAUGUGCUGCGGGAUCAGAAAAGCAAGAAAGCCAUUUUCUUGCGGUGCUAUGCACUUUUCUUGGCUGGUGAGAAGAGAAAAGAUGAAGAGAUGAUAGAACUUGAAGGGCCUUUAGGGAAGAGUGAUGCUGUGAAUCAAGAACUAGUUUCUCUUGAGAGAGAGCUUUCAGAUCUCCGCAAAAAUGGAACCAUUGAUGCCUUUGGUCUUUACUUGUAUGGUCUUGUUCUUAAAAACAAAGGCAAUGACAAUCUUGCCCGUACAGUGCUGGUGGAGUCCGUGACUAGCUAUCCCUGGAACUGGAGUGCUUGGACUGAGCUACAAUCUCUGUGCACCACGAUUGAGGCCUUGAACAGCCUUAACCUUAGUCAUCACUGGAUGAAAGACUUCUUCCUAGCCAGUGCUUACCAAGAACUUCGAAUGCAUAAUGAGUCCUUGACAAAGUAUGAACAUCUGCAAGGAACUUUCAGUUUUAGCAAUUAUAUUCAAGCUCAGAUAGCUAAAGCUCAGUACAGCCUGAGGCAGUUUGAUGAAGUAGAAGUAAUAUUUGAAGAGCUUCUAAGAAAUGAUCCAUAUAGAAUUGAUGACAUGGACAUGUAUUCCAACGUUCUUUAUGCAAAGGAAUGCUCUUCAGCUUUGAGCUACCUUGCCCACCGAGUGAUUUUGACAGAUAAAUACAGGCCAGAGUCAUGUUGUAUUAUUGGGAACUACUACAGUUUAAAAGGGCAGCAUGAGAAGUCGGUUGUGUACUUUCGGAGGGCACUCAAAUUGAAUAAAAACUAUUUGUCUGCAUGGACACUAAUGGGUCAUGAGUAUAUAGAAAUGAAAAACAUACCAGCAGCAGUGGAUGCCUACAGAAGGGCCGUGGACAUAAAUCCGUGUGAUUAUCGAGCAUGGUAUGGGUUAGGGCAAGCUUAUGAGAUGAUGGGAAUGCCCUUGUACGCUCUUCAUUAUUUUAAGAAGUCAGUUUUCCUGCAGCCAAAUGACUCCCGACUGUGGAUUGCCAUGGCUGAGUGUUACAAAACGGAACAGCUCAAUAUGCUUGAGGAGGCAAUCAAAUGCUAUGGUAGGGCUGCAAACUUGAAUGACAGAGAAGCUAUUGCGCUUGACCAACUGGCGAAAUUACAUUCUCAGCUUGGUCGUUCUGAGGAGGCAGCAUUUUACUACAAGCAACAUUUAGACAGAAUGGAAUCUGAGGAGAGAGAUGGACCUAACAUGGUUGAAGCUUUACUCUUUCUUGUCAGAUAUUACAAAGCUCAGAGGAAAUUUGAAGAAGCAGAGAUCUAUUGUACCCGUCUUCUUGAUUACAAGGGCCCUGAGAAGGAAGCAGCGAAAAGUCUUCUUCGAGGAAUAAGGCAUGCAAUGGACGUUGAGCAUUUUCCACCGUAAGAGUUUCACUUCUGUCUCUAAGUUGCAAUCGGAAUGCCCCGGGCAUGAUGGUUCCGGUUUUUGUGUUAAGCACGCCAUCAUCUCAUUUCACGCCUUGGCGAAGUGCAACUCGUUCUUAAGCAAUUCCAGAGUAGUUGAAAGGGUGUAUGUGAAGUGCUCUUUCCCUGAUUUAUCUAAUUAUAAAGUGGAAGGUGAAGGUUUGUUAUUAGAUUGUCUAGAUUAAUGUGUGAUAUAGAAUAAUCUUUUAUAGGAUGCUAGAUGCUACAGAAUGUAUGGUUUGCCCUUUUUUGGGCACAAGGGUUCAAUUGUCAUCCGAGUGUUGUGUUAGUCAUCAAAUGACUCCUCCGUCUAUGAUUCUGUUCUCGCCAAGCCCCCAUUUUCCCACGCCAUCACACUCGAAGGGAUAACUUAUACUUUGGUGUUAUGGCAAGUUGGCAACUCCAAUAAUCUGAUAGUUACAGUCUCCCCUUUUGCUGUUCCACUAUUUUUGGGUGGUUUGCCC